CCUCCCUCUGGUCGUCUAGCAGUUUAUGAACCUUCAAGGAGUCCUACAAAGACUCAGUGAGUACAAGAUGGCUUCCCAGCAGCUCUGUUUGAGGGUUAUUGGGUUGGCUGCAUUGCUGACACUUACAACUCUCGGAGACGUGUCCAGCGAGAACCGCCUGCAGAAGAUCUUAGUGAAAAGAAAUGUGGCAGAAGCUGAACAUGCUCCAUCCAAGUCUUCGGUUGCCAUCCCUUCGUCUAAGGCCCAAGAGUUCCUGGCCAAGCUGAGCAGAACAAAGAGGAACGUCUGGGAUCGCAGCAGGCCAGACGUCCAGCAGUGGAUUAUGCAGUUUAUGCAAAUGGGAUUUGAUGAACAGAGGCUGGAGGCCGACCUGCAGUACUGGAUGGACCACGCCCGCUCCCACGACCAGGGUCGACAGCAUCACUACGAUGAAAACGCCCCCAUCGGGCCAAGGUCUUCUUACAGGCACGGGGCAAAUGUCAACUACGACUACUAUUAACAUCGCCCACGCACAAGCUGUGAUAGAAGCUAAAGCAAAAAUGAUGGCUAUAAUGCCUGCCAACAUUUUCACAGGAGUCCUGCCAACUUAUUUUGAUUGCAUCCGUCAGUAAAUCCCUGCAAGUGUUUCUGUAUUCCUACAAUAAAUGAAACUGUUCAGCCUCAAGUUUGGGGCACUGGCUUUUAAUAGAAAUAAAGACGAGGUUUGUGCUGA